UCACCAUCUCCGCCGCGGUGGCGGAGUGCUUUGUAGCGGCCGUUUCUAGGGUUAGGGUUUUGGUUAUGGAUUCCCGGUUUAAGGUUUGGCUGCGAUGGGAAGAAGAGAUGGUGUGCAACGAUCGUGGGCGGCGAGUGGUGCACUAUUAUGUUAGGGACAAUCGCGGCGGGCGAGAUCUGGCGGUUGUAGGGCGGGAGAAGAGUGCGCGCCAUAUGGUGUUUGCUGUUCAGGCGAAGUUUUUGCAGUCUGUGAUUAGGUUGUCGGAGACUGCUUCGCCUUACGCGUUUAAUUUAGCAGCAGCUGCUCUGCCGUCUGAUCUGAAGUUGCGAUCUCGGAGACAGGUUGUGGAUUGGCUCUCCUUGCUCGUUUCAGAUUCAACGCCAUAUGGAUUGUCCCCAGUUUUGGAUAGAUACUCUGAUGAUGAAGAUGCCUCACCAGCCAGUAUUCCUAUUUUCAAGAUUCUUUCCUCUGGUCAAAUAAGACACCAUUCCGAAGAUUGUUCAUGGUUAGGUUCUUCAUGGGAUUGUAGGAAACGCUGGAAGCAUUAUCAAUCCUUUUGCAGAAAUGGAAUUAAAAUAUCUGUUCAUGACUUUAUCUAUGUUCUAGCGGAAGGUAAUAAGAGGCUGGUUGCAUAUAUCGAAGAUUUAUAUGAGGAUGUGAGGGCCAAUAAAAUGGUUUCGGUACGGUGGUUUCAUAAAGUUGAUGAGGUUAGUAUUGUUUUGCCACCCGACACUAAUGACAGAGAGAUUUUCUUCUCUCUUUGCCUUCAACAUUUCAGUGUUGAAUGCGUGGAUGGGUUGGCCGCGGUACUUUGUUUCGAGGACUUUGACAAGUUUCUGAAAGAGCCUCAACACAGAUCCAGCUCCUGGAACCCUUUUCUAUGCCGUCGGCAGAUCUGCAAUGAUAAUGUUGAGCCUUUCGAUAUCACUCAAGUCCAAGGUUAUUGGAGUCAGGAUCUACUUCGUUCCAUGUACCCUUCUCAUCUUAAAUUACGGCUGAAGAUAAAAUCUCGCCCCAAUGGCUCUGACAUUCUGCUAAAUUGCAAUCGAAAAUCUCAUUUGAAUGUUGGACGUGUUGACUUUGAAGGAGUAGUUAAUGAUAUCGACAAAGCAAAAAGUUUGAGCGUCAAAAAUGGAUUUGAAAGGAGGCGGAAUGCGAUAGCUCCGGGGUUGGAAAUUGAGCUGCUUUCGCAGGACAGCAGCAUCAGGGGCUGCUGGUUUCGCUGUGUUGUUCUCAAAAGACGCCGUGAUAAAAUCAAGGUUCGGUACCAAGAUGUAGAAGAUGCUGAUGGAACUGGCAAUUUAGAGGAAUGGGUUUUGACGACGAGGAUUGCUUCGACGGACAAAUUGGGGAUCCGCAUAUGUGGAAGGCCAAUAGUUCGUCCGAGCCCGCCGAAGGAAAAUGAGAGUUUAUGCAGUUAUGAACUUGGGGAAGUUGUUGAUGCGCGGUGGCAUGAUGGAUGGUGGGAAGGAAUUGUUAUAGGCAAUGUUGGUGAAGGAAAAAUAUGUGUAUAUUUCCCAGGAGAGCAGCAAACAUCCACCUUUUCUCCUGGAGAAUUGAGACCCUCUCAAGAUUGGGUUGAAAACAAAUGGAAUCACAUCAAGGCCAGGCCUGACAUCGCUGGCCUUCUACUCUCAAGACUUGACCAUGAGAAGUGCAGCGACUGCAUUAACUUCCUGUCUUCGCCCUCCAACGCCCAGAUGGAAGCAGAACCAAGACAAGCGAAAGAAGAUUCCUCACCUCCUGCUCGCACCGAAACACAUGCAUCACAGCUCAUUAGGAGUCAUCUCUCGGAGAAAAUGGAACGAAAUUCGCCUCAUCUUGUCAGCAGUUUCAUCCAUGAUGGCUUGAGGUGGAGUGCUUCAAGGAAAAGAACACUUAAGGGGCAGAUUGAGAAGAGGUUUUUGAGUAAUAAAAGACUGCGUUUUGAUUUGAGCCACAAAUCCAGCAGCCCAUUUCUAAUACCAAAAUCUUUGAAGCUAGUGGACCAAGAGAACUGCAAGAGUGGUGAUCCUUUGUUUGGCGCACCAAUGGCUCUCUGUCCAAACUUGGUCAUGACUUAGCAGAUUGAUGUCUCAGCUGUAUAGUAGAAUUCACUGAUUUUAGCUUUUUUUUUUUUUUACCCUUGUUCUUUAUACUACAUCACCGAUGACCACAUUGUCCAAAAUGUGGAAUUGGAACAUUGGAAGAGUGGAGCAACCAUUGUACAAUGCUUAGUAUGUAUAAUUUUAGUGUAGAAUGAGCUAAAACAAUGGAAAGAAAAUCUAACCAAAUCCCUCAGGUGUGGGGAACUGUGAUGAGUAGCGGAGCCGUUAAAGCUUUGUAACAUUUCUUCUUACCGACUAUUUUUGUUGUCACAAUUUUGAAUGCAACCGAAGUGAAUCUUCGCCAUUUUCUUUUCUCUG